GUUAGAUUGACAAGACUGGGGCUUGAGAUUUACCUUAGCUACAUUGUGUUUUCAAAAAAAAGUAACAAUCUGAUAGCGGAGCCGCAAGUGCAGCGCAGCGCACGGCACUGAGGGGCAAGGAGCUGCACCCGGGGAAAUCAGCAACUGGAGUCCAAGGAGCGGUGCGUUGGACUGAGGAAAAGCAGGCGAAAGCGUGGAAAAAGAAAGCGAAAUAGAACAAAACGAAGAAAAUAGGUAAAUUCACACCGCGUUUCGGGUAAGAGCAAUGGAGAGUUUACCUGGACUCCGAUGUCUGCAUUUAUAAAGGAGAGACGAUACGUUGGGAGAAGGAAUCGGCUGCGCGGCCGGCAUCAAGGACCCUCACACCCACCUCGAGAGAAGAUUAAAUAAGUAAAAAUGGAACAUCUCUGAAAGUUUACACCUGACCGAGCUCCUUGUGUUGAGCCGGCGCUUCCACUUCAGUUACCAGGAGAGCUACCGGAGGCUGCAGAAUAGUGGCAGCUCCAGCCACUCCGAUCGGGUAGCAUGUUGCAAUUAAUUUAAUGUUACCAGCAAGAAGCGAGAAGCGAGAACCGGAGAAAUUAACGAGUUAACCACGAGGAGAUGAUCAAAUAUUAAGCUUUCCUUUCGUUUAGUUUUUCAAGAUUUCCCCUGUUUGUUUAUCGGAGCGGCGGCUUCGGAUGUCGUGGACAUUUCACCUGAAUUCGCUUCUUCCCAUAUCCAGCCAGUUAUGAUUGAGGGUGGUCAGGUGUGGCUGUGUUUAACCUUGCCGGGAGACGAGGAAUUGGGGCUGUAAAAUUCCGGGGGCAGAGAGUUCGAGGCAACGACCAGAAGGCGGUUGGACCCUUGUUUACACUGGAUGUUAUGGCUCCUCGCUUGCAAGGGCUGUCAGUCCUGGUUCGCGUCUGUUUUUGUCUUGCGGGGCUGGUGGGAGUCGCUCUCUGCGCUUCCAAAGCAAUGGUUUGCCAGGAGAUUACGGUGCCCAUGUGCAAAGGCAUAGGCUACAAUCACACUUACAUGCCCAACCAGUUCAACCACGAUAACCAAGACGAAGCGGGACUAGAGGUGCAUCAGUUCUGGCCUCUCGUCGAGAUCCAAUGCUCCCCGGACCUCCGCUUCUUUCUCUGCAGUGUCUACACCCCCAUCUGCUUAGCGGACUACAUGAAACCUCUGCCACCCUGCAGAUCCGUCUGCGAAAGGGCCAAGUCCGGCUGCUCCCCCCUGAUGAGACAAUAUGGCUUUGCUUGGCCCGAAAGGAUGAACUGCGAUAAGCUCCCGGUGCUCGGAGAUCAAGAUCACUUGUGCAUGGAUUACAACAGGACCGAGGUGACCACUGCAUCGCCUCCCUUCUUCAAGCCCACCCUGGCCCCUAAGGGUGCCGGCGGCAACAAGAACUCUCCACCCUCUAGGGCACAUCCAGGUAACCAGCCUGCACCGCCGGGGGACUGCCCUGUCAUAUGUAGCUGCAAAGACCCUCUGAUCCCCAUCUCUAAGGAGAGUCACCCGCUCUACAACAAGAUCAGGACCGGCCGCUUGCUGAAUUGUGCCUUCCCCUGUUACGAGCCCUACUUUAACCAGGACGAGAGAACUUUCGCAACCUUAUGGAUAGGCCUGUGGUCUAUCCUGUGCUUCAUUUCCACUUUCACAACCGUCUCCACCUUCUUGAUUGACAUGGAGAGGUUCAAGUACCCGGAGCGGCCGAUCAUCUUCCUAUCGGCUUGUUACCUCUUCGUGUCCCUGGGUUACAUCGUGCGGCUUGUAGCUGGCCACGGGAACGUGGCUUGCAACAAGGACUACAACCACAUCCACUACGAGACCACGGGCCCCGCCCUCUGCACAGUGGUCUUCCUGCUCAUCUACUUCUUCGGGAUGGCCAGCUCCAUCUGGUGGGUCAUCUUGUCUUUCACCUGGUUCCUGGCGGCGGGCAUGAAAUGGGGCAACGAGGCCAUCGCGGGCUAUUCUCAGUACUUCCACAUGGCGGCUUGGCUCAUCCCCAGCGUGAAGUCCAUCGCCGUGCUCGCCCUGAGCUCCGUGGACGGCGACCCUGUGGCCGGCAUCUGCUACGUGGGCAACCAGAACUUGGACAACCUCCGGGGGUUCGUGCUGGCCCCUCUGGUGGUCUACCUGUUCACCGGGACAACCUUCCUCCUGGCCGGAUUUGUCUCUCUCUUCAGGAUACGGAGCGUGAUCAAACAAGGGGGCACCAAGACGGACAAACUGGAGAAACUGAUGAUUAGGAUUGGGAUUUUCACCGUGCUGUACACCGUGCCCGCCACCAUUGUCGUGGCUUGCUUCAUCUACGAGCAGCACUCCCGGGAGAGCUGGAAGGCGGCGCUGAGUUGUCCCUGCCCCGGGGCUGGAGAUAACCCCAGGCCCGAGUACGCCGUCUUCAUGCUGAAGUACUUCAUGUGCCUGGUGGUGGGCAUCACCUCUGGUGUGUGGAUUUGGUCCGGGAAGACGUUCGAAUCGUGGCGACGGUUCACCAGCAGAUUUUGCCGGGGCAGGAAGUUGACCGGGACGUCCAUGUACAGUCAGGCCAGCACCGCAUUGACAACCAGGACUGGAGCAAUCGGCACGGCCACCUACCAUAAGCAACUCGCCCUCUCGCACGCCUGAUGCUUGGGUGCUGGUCAGAGAGCCACGCGUGCUUAUAUAUAUUGUAAAUAAAUAACGUAUAUUAUAUAUAGACCGAGGUACACCCAGCCGAGGUCAUGGUUUAUCUGGUGAGUCGAUUGCACUGUGACUUGUAUUUGAUGAGUUUCUGAAUUGCCCGCAGGCUCCCAGUCGCGGAUAACUACUUAUUAAAAACUCCCGGCACAGUGGCUUUGCAAAACAGCGGUGCUAGAAAGCGAGGCGAGCUCUCCAGUUUGCGUUUGCGACCUGCCCGAGUUUCAUCCGCACUGAGCUAGAGUUGCGCCCUGUUCUCUCCAGGGGAGUUGGUCUAAAGAGACCCACAGCCGCCCCCUUCCAUUGCCUUGUGGCUGUCAACACACCAGGACUGUGAUGUGAAGCCCAUGGCGCUGAGUCUCAGUCCCAGCCAUGUCGUGCCGUGUCUUUUGGGUGAUGUUUAACGAGAAUGAACUCAACAAUAAUCCAGGUCUCCAGGCCGUCCCCACCUUAAUUAAGUUCUUGUUUGGUCCUAAUGCCGGCGGAAAACGUUAUGAGGCGAGAGCCCUCCCAGUGUCACCUGACCUGGAGACCCUGUUAUAGAGCGAUUCAGUGUGGAAACAGGCCCUUCGGCCCAACCUGCCCACACCGGCCAAUAUGUUCCAGCUACACUAGUCCCACCUGCCCGCGUUUGAUCCAGAUCCCUCCAAACCUGUCCUAUCCAUGUACCACGUACCCGUUGAGAAACGUAAACAAUGAUUUGGCCGGACUGACCUCUGAGCGCCCAUUCCAGAGGCCAUUCAUCAUCUGGCUCACAGCAAGGUGAAGGGUGCCAUUACAUUACAUUCCUAAUAGUCCCGUGUCUUGCGGGGAAGGGACGUGACAAAGACACCAGAGGUGAUCAUAAAGUUCAUUUUAAAGCAGCCAGCUUCUAGUGUUAAUAGAGCAAACCCCGACCCCAUAAACCCAACCAGCCCGGUAUUAAUGUUAAUCACUUCUUAGACAGAGGAUCCCUAAAUUUAAGAGUAAAUUGGAGUAAGAAUGAAAAAAUAAUCAGGCUACAGGUGAACUGGCAGUAAAAUAAUCCAGACAUAGAAACAUAGAAACAUAGAAAAUAGACGCAAGGGCAGGAAGGAGUCUUGUUGCUGCAGCUGGUUUCAUCGGGUGUUUUUUGCUUUGUAAAUGUGACCACAUUAUCUAAUGAAAGGGAGAGCAAAGAAAACACACAAGUAGUGAUCAAAUGCAGAGCAUGUCGUGACAACUGUGUCUCCUGUUAGGCUGCUGCUGGGCUCUAUAGUGUCCAGGAUUGUCUGUAAUCUUUUGUGGAGUGUUAAAGCUAAAUUAUGUUGACUGGGUAGCUGGAAUCUAUUGUUCCUGCGAUCUGCUUCGCUUGCUUGUGGUUUGGACAAGGUCUGCUUGCUAAGGCACAUUAUAUAUUUGCACCUUCUUCUGCAUUUGGACCUUUUCUAUUGGGGAACCCCAUUCAAAUUCUGAUUCAAUUUACUCAAUUUGUUAUUCACUUUUAUUUUUGGCAGUACGAUAAUUCACUGCUAAUUGGUUUCUUGCAGUUGUAAGUAUCAUUCCACAGCGGGAUACCUUAUUGAAUUUUCUAUUUAGCUAUUGAUUCUGAUUUUAACUCGGAGACACAGCCCGGAAACAGCCCCUUCAGCCCACUCAGUUUCUGCUGACCAUCAAACACCCAUUUACACAAAACUGACAGAAAUCUCAUUUUUAAUUCUCCGCAUAUUCCCAUCAAUUCCCCAAUCUCUCACCAACACACUCGACACUUAAUACCAGAGUGCCCAGGGUAUCGCACACAGUCACAGGGAGAAUGUGCAAACUCCACAGACAGUACCAGAGGUGGGGAUUGAACCUGGGACUACUAGCAGUGUCACGGAUUUAAGGAGAAUGUUUGGAAGGAACAGAAAGUUGAUCUAUAGCGGGACUUGAUCUAUAUCGGUGCUGGAGGCUUGUACACACAAACGCUGCAAACCGUGCUGGCUAUACAAACAUGUUGGGCAUCACAGUGGUGCCAGCAUUUACCCUGGGAGAGAUGUGGACCCAGGCAAAGAGCUCCUUCAAACCACUUUACUGUGAAAGCAUGAUACUAAUCCAGUCCUCAUACAUACAAUUGCUUAGAAAUUUAUAACGCUUCUUUUUUCAGUUCUGUUUGAUUGAGAAUAGGAGGUUUGGCAUGAAAUGUAAUUCAAACUGUUUUCAGGUUAUUUGGGAUCUGGAGAUUCAAGUCACAUUGCAAUUUGUUUUUGCAGGGCACAGGGGCUAACAUGUGAUCCCUUUGGACCAUUUUACGGGAAUGUGGUCCAUAUUGUCCUGGGAGGGUGAUCAGUCAGAGGAAGAAUGGGUGUGUAGCUUCCUCUUAAGGCUGAAUAUCCUGCAGGUUCCAGUCUAUUUUGGCUCCUCUCACUUAUUACAAGUUAAAGGUGUAGUAAUGGGCAUCGCAUGGACUCCGACUAUACCUGCCUUUAUGUUGGUUACUUUGAACAGCCCAUUUUCCACUGGCACCAACUCUUUCUCCACUAUAUCGAUGGUUGUAUCGGGCUGCCUCCUGCACCUGUGCAGAACUCGUUGAUUUCAUUAACUUUACCAGUAACUUCCACCCUGCCCUCAAAUUCAUGGACUAUCUCAAGGUUCAAGGUUUCAAGGUCAGUUUAUUGUCACAUGUACCAAUUAAGGUACAAUGAAAUUCGAAUUCCCAUACAGCCAUACUAAAAAAGCCACAAGACACACAACUACAUAAAAGUUAACAUAAACAUCCACCACAGCGGAUUCCCCACGUUCCUCACUAUGAUGGAAGGCAAUAAAGUCCAAACUUCUUUCUCUUUUAUUCUCCCGUGGUCGGGACAGUCGAAGCCCCCGCAGCCGCCGGUCGAAGCCCCCGUGUCGGGGUGACCGAAGCUCCCGGAUCAGGGUGAUUGAAGCCCCCAUGUCGGAGUGGUCGAAGCUCAUGCGGCUUGGAGUUCCCAAAGUCAGUCUCUAACCAGAGACUGUGAGCUCCGUGGUGUUAAAGUCCGCAGGCUCUCGCGGUUGGAGCCGCAAAGUCGAUCCCCGACACGGAUCGCGAGCUCCAUGAUGUUAAGUCUCGCAGGCUCCUGCGGUGCAGCUCACAAAGUCGGUCUCCAGCAAAGGCCGCCAACUCCUCGAUGUUAGGCCAGUGCGGACGGAGAUAUGAUACGGAAAAAAGUGCAUCUCUGUCGAGGUAAGAGAUUAGAAAAAGGUUCCCCCCCACCCCCACAUAAAACAAGCUAAAGAAUCCUAAAAUCAUACAUUUAACACAUACAAACAAACAACAAAGAAGGAAGGGACAGGCAGAUUGUUGGCGAGACAGCCAUAGCUGGUGCCACCCGGUGGUCUGAUAUGUCUCUGCUUUCUUUAUGUCUGUCUCCAUCAUAAGGGAUAGACUAUCAACUGACGUCUACUACAAACCCACUAACUCUGGACCAAACCUCCUCUCACCCCGCCUCUUGCAAAGACUAUUCCCGACUCUCAAUUUCCACAUCUAUGCCCCAUAUGCUCCUAAGAUGAGGCUUUCCAUUCUAGGACAUCUAAGAGGUCCUCUUUCUUUAGUAAACGUGGUAUCCCCUCUGCUGCCAUAGUGGGACCCCUCGCCGUGAGUCCUCUGUGUCCUGUUCUGUUCUCGCUUCCCCUCCCCCCAGAUUGAACAAUGAUAGAGUUCCCCAGAUCCUCACCCUUCACCCCACCAGCAUCGGCUUCCAGCACAUCAUUCUCCAACAUCACUGUCACCACCAACGUGAACACACCAGCAGUCACAUCUUCCCAUCCCUAGCUCUUAACUUCUUCUGCAGAGACCACACCCUCCACAUAUCCUUAGUUCACUCAUCUCUUCCCUCCCUUAUCUCCAUCCAGGAAUUCCAGCAGACCCGAAAUAUCACCCAUCCAUAUUCCCCAGAGGUGCUGCCUGACUCGCUGAGUUACUCCAGCACUUUGUGUUUUUAUUUUAUCCUGCAGAUUCCAUCUCACUGUUGAAGAUGGCUGGAAGAGUUGGGGGGUGUG